GGGACCAUGCGUACUAGCUCUGCUGCUGUAAGUGUAUGUGUGUGUGGAUGAUUUUGUUUUCUUUUUGGAGAAAGUAAGUGUGUGCAUGUAGCCAUGAUAGUAGAGAAAAUUGCUAUUCUGUCACUUCUAACGUGGGCUCUCUGCUAUUAUAUCACCCUAUGUUUAUGACUUGUGGGACCAUUUAUGUCUAUGAUUUGUGGGUCGAUCUGGUGGUAAAAUAGAGAAGUCCACGUCUGAGUGUGACAAAAUAGCAAAUUUUCCGCCAUAGUAGCCUCCCUUAGAUGCUUGCUAUGGGUUGCGAUGCACACACACAAAUCUAUCUAUGUACCGUACCCUAGCUACUCCUUGGUUGCCCUCUUUAUAAGAGCAUGCUAGCUUUUCCUCCCUGCAGCCUUUUGCUAUACUGCUGCAUACACACACACACACACACAGGAUAGUGAGAGAUGAUUAAGUCGCUCCCACAUAGCAAAGCCAAAAGUUUAGCAGCUCACCGCAGGCAUCUUCUUGUCCUCUUGCUCUUUCCUUGAUCCAUCCAUGGACCAUGCAUGGUGCUUUUGCAGGCCGCCGGCUCCCCUCUCAAGCUAUAGCGGUUACUAGUACUACUAGACUACUAGCUAGUGCACGAAUGCCCCCUUCUGCACCUCGCUUGCCAUAGCUUGCAUCAUCAUCAGCUGCUAGCCUGCUAGCAGCUCGGUCCACGCGCGACUACUAGUCUACUAGUAGAUGAGCAGUCCAGCAGUGAAAGUGUAGUGGCAGUGGCAGCGGCAGCCAUAUCCCCACCACACUGCUCGAUCAUCACCACGCCUCCGUCGUCAGACCUGCACCUAGCUUUGCAUCGCGCAUUAAUCAGGAAUCGGAGGAGGUAUAUGCGCUGGGUCUGAUUCUUCCAAGUUAAAGAUGGAUCAUAACCUGAGCGACAUGACGAUCCUGAGCGAGCACGCAUGGGGCGACGAGGCCGGCGCCGUCUUGCUGUCGCCACCGGAGGUGGGCAGCGUCAUCGAAGGCGGCGGGGGCAUGACGGUGCUGGAGAGGCUGGUGCUCGACGAGGCGCUGGCAGCCGCGAUCCUGGAGCUGCAGGCCAUCCAGCAGGCCGCCCCCGGGCCCGCCUCCUGCGCCGGCAAGCAGCAGCUGGCGGCCGGUGGCGGUGGUGGUGUGGUUGGGGCGGAGGCCGCUGUCGCCUUCCCCUCGAUGAUGGCGAUGGCGAUGGCGGCGCCAACGCCCGCCUACGCGGACGCGGACGUGGACGCGGGUGUCCUGCAGCGACAGCAGCAUCACCAUCGCCCUCACGCCGCGAUGGGGAUGCCUAGUCCCGACUACGACCUCGCACCAGCAGCAGCAGCAACACCCGCGGUCGCGGUAACUGCUGCCGCGCCGCCCGCCUUCACCACAAACACAAACGCCGCGGUUGACAGCGGAUGCAGCGGCCUCGUAGUCCUUGGACGCUCGCCGCCGCCGCCGGUCUUCUCCGCCAGCAACGAGACCGCAGCAACGGCGAGCCUGGACUGUGAACAUGGCGGCGGAGGCCGUGGUGGUGGCCGAAGGCAACGCCGGCCCAACAGGAAGAGGAAGGCCGCCGCCGAGGCCGAGCGGUCGCGACCUGUGCGUGUGGCGGCGGCAGCGGCACAGGAAGAGAGCACCUUGUGCAGCCUCCUGGCGUCCACCGCCCCGACCACCGCGGGCGGCAUCCAGAUCGCGUUCAGCACGGCGGCCGUGCAUCAGCAGCAGCAUGCUGCCGGUGGGGCCGGCGGCGCCAAGACAUCAGCGAAGCCGUCGUCUCUGAGUCUGAGCAGCAGCGGCUCGUCGAGCAACAUCAGCUUCGACGGCCGGAACCCCGCGCGCAACGGCGGCGGCGGCGGCGGCGGCGACCCCGUGUACGAGCCGGACACGGAGGCGCUGGCGCAGGUGAAGGAGAUGAUCUACCGCGCGGCGGCGAUGCGCCCGGUGUCCCUCGGCUCCGAGGACGACGCCGGCGCCGGCGCCGAGCGCCCGCCGCGCCGCCGCAACGUGCGCAUCUCGUCCGACCCGCAGACGGUGGCGGCGCGGCAGCGGCGGGAGCGCAUCAGCGACCGCCUCCGCGUGCUGCAGAAGCUCGUCCCGGGCGGCGCCAAGAUGGACACCGCCUCCAUGCUGGACGAGGCCGCCAGCUACCUCCGCUUCCUCAAGUCCCAGGUCCGGGACCUGCAAACCCUAGACCGCCGCAACUACGGUGCAGCUUCUUCGAAUGACGCCGCCGCCACCAUGGCUGCCGUUGUCGGGUCGUCACUCAGCUACAACCGUGGCACCGGUGCCAUGCCCGCAUUCACCUUCCCGGCAGCAGGCGAAACCCUACGAGGAGCAGGAUGAUGAUAGAUUUGUAACACACCCACGCAGCAUGCAUGUUGUUGUUAACCCUUUUUUUAUGUUCGUCUAAUGUGCAUGAGACCAUCUUUAUGAUGUAUUUCAUCAUUAUUAAUGUUAGAUCAAAGACUAGGUAGACGAUGAUGAUCAUAUCAUCAUAUCGAUGAUGGAACCAAUCCAAUAUGCAAUCAAAUGCAAGGGCGUUGCAAGA